AUGGGCGCAGGAGACAUCAGACUGUUACAAUCAUUGGUGAUACAUAAACAACAAUUAUGGCCGAAUGCUUACAUGUCUCAACCUUCGCCCCGAAACACAAGGGAGAGAAAAAUAGAAGUUUUGGUGGGAGCAGGAUGGAGGGCGCGACCCCAUGAUCUCGAUCGGGACGUGUUGGAUAAUAAAUCAAGCGGCCCGAUUAGCCUGUUUGACUUUCAAAAUCAGGCUGUCCCGCAUUACCGGUCCGUGUAUAAUGACGAUCACACAGCCAAGAGAAGAAGUGCCCCGGGUGAGGAAGAGGGCGGGAUGACCCAUGUAAUCGGGCUUUCCCGGCGGCGCAAAAGAUGCGCAGCAUCUGCGAAGUAUUUAGAAAUGGCGCUGGCGACAGAGGUGCGAAAUCUUUCUAGAAUGCCGUUCUUCACGACUGACAUAGCCGAUAACAAGACUCGACACAUAAAUUUUCAUGCGGGCAUUUAUACUGACUCGAUAUUGAUCAUGUACCUUUCAGUUGCUCUUACUACUGUUUUUAUUGGAUUUACUGUGGCUGGCCCUAUGGCGAAGAGAGAUCUCGGUGAUAAUCCUAACCUCGCUACUCGACAGGUUGAUUCCAAUGGCUUCGCUACCGGCCCCGGUCUCGUGAGCGCUCCGGCAGUUGCUUCGCCAGAGGAUGAAAUCCACCCCGGAUCUGGAUUUUUCAACCCGGCGGGCUUCGGUAUUAGACCCGGCAAAGACCAAGCGGGCUCUUAG